UUGCUUUUUAAAAACCCAGCGAAGCGGGUCCUUGCAGCUAGUUUUUAAUAAUAAUAUACCUAGAUAUUUAUUUUUGUAACGUGUACUAUUUUUUAAUAUAUAAAUUUUGAUGCGCUGCGGGGCCCGUUCAAGAGCGGGGCCCGAUUGGCACAAAUCGCUCCAAUCGCCUCAAACCGGGUCUGACCUAAUACGGAGUGUUGCAAACUCCAAAUUCGAAUUUGAAGCGAUUUACCUCGAGAUGGACGAGAUUGUAUUUUUACACCGACCGUACGAAAAACACUUUCAUUUCGAUUCUAUUUCUGCCGUUUAAUUGAAUUUCGUCUGCCAUUCCCAACAACAGUUUGUAAUGUAUUGCCAAGCUUUACUUUUCCAGUUUACUGCAUUACAUAGCUCUUUGGACCUUGUACGAAAUUCUUCGAUACAGUAGUAUAUUUCUUCCCGACUUUACAUCGAUUCCAACAAAUUAGAAGCUGUGGUGCGAGGAAAAUCGGGAUGUAAAAACGUCCAGCAAUAUCUUCUAAGUAUAGGCUAAUUGAUAUCGGUAGCCAUCUGGUUACAAUUACAGUAAAAAUACAAAUUUAAUACCCGUUCAGAAUCGUUCUCUUCGGCAUUUCACCCCUUUAUAACGAAUUAAAUGGAAGUUUUCUUUGCAGAAUGCCACGGAAAUGAAAGUGAAAAACCUGUUGAUCCUGCUCUCGUGUAUCGUUUUGGCUCAGUGUUGCACCGAGUUCUUGAGCAGAUGGAAGAAUGUCCCGUGUCCCAGGUUUGUUCUACGGGACACCAGAACCGAUUGUCUUCUAAGCGAAAACGUUUUUGUCGCUGUUAGCGUCGAUUAUCUUUUCAUCGAUUGCUACGGAGCGGAUCCGGAUCGUCGGAUCUUCCGGUGUUUGCAACAAACAGAAGACCUUAAUUUAGUAAUGCGCAAUUGUUAUUCCCGAAAUUUUAGUUUGAGUGAAUUUUUAUCUGGACUCGUCAUACGCAAUUUGCAAAUUGCAUUUACCAAAAUCGAACCGAAUUAUCAAANUUUGCACUUUGAAAAGCUGCCAUUUGUCAGAAACGUAUCCCUGUCCGGAAUAAGAACCGCAGAAACAUUCGACCUGACGUUCGAUUUCCAACCCGUCAUCUACUCGCUACAAAUUUUCGAAUAUAAUUUCACCUCCUUUCAUCAGCCACCAUUUAAAAAUCUGACAAAUCUGCCAAUUCUAAAAAUAGUAUAUGGAAAUCUACAGCGUGUUCAAGUGGAGCUACUCCAAGAGUUGAGAAAUCUCAGAAUACUAACCUUGUACAAUAACAGAUUAAGAGAGAUUCCACGUGGAUUCUUUAAAAAUCUCACAUUGUUAACAUAUUUAGAUUUAUCCGAUAAUCAAAUCGAGAACUUCUCGGAAGACAUCUUUUCCGAUCUCUUCAGCCUAGAAAUACUUCGGAUCAAAAACAAUAAACUGACGGUUCUUCCGGAAAAUUUGCUCUCCUCCCUCACUCAGUUAAUCGGUCUCGAAAUAAGUGGAAAUACAGGAAUAAAAAACUUACCCAAAGGAUUCUUAAGAGGCUUGACACGCUUAGAACUAUUUUGGGCAUCCGGAUGCUCUUUGGAACGUCUGGAGGAAUCUUUAUUUUCAGACACCACCUCCUUGAUAGACUUCUUCGUAGAUUUUAAUAACAUUACACGUCUACCGGAAGCACUGUUUAAUAACACGGAACAUUUGAGUCGUUUGUUUAUGACUGGAAAUAAAUUAUCGACUUUGCCACCGCGUGUAUUUUCUAACUUAAAGAGAAUCGGAUCAUUAGACUUAUCGUACAACAGACUGAACAGUUUACAUAAAGAUAUCUUCAAGCGCUUAUCAACACUGGCAGUGUUGCGGUUAUCCGAUAACGAUUUGUCCUCCUUGCACGAAGAUACACUUCUACCUCUUUUGAAUUUGAGGAUCAUCGAUCUAUCGAAUAACAACUUCGAACGUUUACCCGCAAAAUAUCCUUUUGGUUCCAGCAAUUAUUUGCAAAAUGUGAAGAUGAGCAACUCGAAUCUGAAGACUUUUCCUAAUAUUGAUUGGUCGAAUAACAACCUGACUGAAGUCGAUCUAUCCCACAACCAAUUUCGGCAAGUCACUCUACCCGUGUUUACCAAGAAGCGCACCAAGAUAUUGCUCAACCACAACAACAUAUCCACCAUCUACAUUGACUAUCGACGACAUUCUAACAGUUAUCCAGUGUAUAACGUCACAGGAAAUGUCAUCGAGUGCGACUGUCGAAUCAGACAGUUCUUGCGAUUUCUUCAUUUUGACAAAAACGCCGUCCGCAUUUUUCCAAAUUCCAAUAUCCUGAGAUGCAAUGGAGAUUCCGAAAAGAAACUAACAGAAAUUUGGCCAAUUUACAGUGUCUGUCCGCGGAAAGAGGAGUGUCCUUUGUUUUGCGAGUGCUACUUGACACUAGAAGGACAAAGUACAAUCGAUUGUUCUCGUAGAAAUUUAUCUAAUUCGCCCGCGAAUCUUCCUACAAAUGCAACAUUCGUCUUUUUGAACGACAAUCACAUUGCCAAUCUGUCCGAAGUGGACGGGACUACGUGGAAAAACGUCACCCAUCUCUAUCUUAGUAACAAUUCUCUGACGUCACUAAACGAUUGGGUCGUUCCGGAUAAUCUCCUCUAUUUGGCUCUGGAUGGAAACAAGCUGUCGGAUUUGCCCCCUUCUGUGAUGAAGCGCGUGGAAGAUUCGUCAAACUUCAGCAUCUUUCUUUCCAGAAACGAGUGGAAAUGCGAUUGUCACUCUGUCCAUUUCAAGAAGUGGUUCACGCGGAAUUUGCUUAAGAUCCGUGAUUCCGAGAACGUAACCUGCCAGAGAGUCAAUAGAGUUAAUAAUUCCGUGACACACGAGCUAAUUGCAAGUAUACCGCUGGAUGUGUUCUGUCUAAAGGAACCCGUGUGGCCUUUAUGGCAAAUAAUCGUUCUUACAGUUUCGGUAGUAUUGUUAUUGAUGUCAUCAGUUCUCGUAGUUGCCUGUUAUCAUUACAGACUCGCUAUAUUGGCCUUUCUGUACAGUCGAGACGUGUACUUGCCCUGUUGCUACAGGGUCCUCGACGAAGAGGAAAACAAGUACGACGCUUUUGUGUGUUAUAAUAGUUCCGAUUCUAACUUAACCAUGGAGAUGGUGGAUCGACUGGAACCCACUUAUCGCCUUUGUAUUCACGAACGUGAUUGGUUGGCGGGUAGCCCUAUUAGCGAGAACAUCGUGCAUUCUGUGCUUAACAGUAGAAGGACGGUGAUAUUGUUGUCUCGACAGUUUCUGGACAGCAUGUGGUUCAGUGUGGAGUUUCGUGUGGCUUACAACAGGAUGAUGGAAGACCAAGCUUAUCGUUUGGUUUUGGUUUUGGUGGAAGAGUUGGAGAAUUGGAAGGAGCUGGAGGACGAUCUUCGUCGUUUGCUUUCGACGAGAACUUACUUGAAGUGGGGAGAGAAAUGGUUCUGGGAAAAGUUGAAAUAUAUUCUUCCAACAGUUACAAAUAAUCAAUUAAUGCUAAACAUCAUGGUGCAGAUAAUCUUCUUGGUUCAAUUGCUGUUCCUUUGCACGGCAGCACAUGGGUGGUUCUUCGUUAGCGACCGAUUUGGUUUCGUUAUUCAAAAAAUGAAUCGAAGAGUAGAAUGCGGAUCGAACGUUACUUCUUACAUCAACGACUACGACAGAGCCAUUUACGUAGUGUGUCGAGGAAACACUUUCGACGCCGAACAGAUUCGUGCGUGCACUAAUUUUACUUACUUUUUCUCCGUGGUGUUAAGAGAAUGCCUCCUUCCCUCUUCCGACGUCGGAACUUCCCUGGGAGAUAAAAGUAUUCGGCAUUUCUUUUUGAUUUCCGAAGACGUUCCACCGAAUUCGCGUGUCACCAUCAAGAACCUACCGAAUCUUCGCGACAUCACGUUAUACCACAUAGAAAACGUCACGUACACGUUAGAAGAGUUACGCAACGUAGAAAGGAUCGAUGUGUUGCGCGUGAUGACGGAAAAAUUUCCGAAGGGAUUACUCAAUGGACUCCCCUCGUUAAAAAUGAUUUACGUAGUCUUAGGAAGAAUAAGAAGUUUUCCAGAAGAUGCAUUUCGUGGUUUGAAUAGACUCAAAUCUUUAUACCUCUUCGAUAAUCGUUUAGAGGAUCUUCCGGAAACUCUUUUCUAUGGAUUGCAAUCUCUGGAGGAUCUUCAUCUAUCCAAAAACUUGUUGACCGUUCUUCCUCCCGCUAUAUUUAGAGGCUUGACGAGCCUUAAAAAGCUGUUUUUGAACGACAAUCGCUUAAAUACUCUUCCCUCUUCCUUGUUUGUAGAUAAUUUCAAUUUGAUCUCUCUCAACGUGAGUAACAACCAUUUUGGUUUUCUACCGGAAAUGCUAUUGCAAAACGUCUCAAAAUUACAGAGUUUCGAUGCCUGCAACUGCAACAUCAGUGACUUGCCCCAGAAGAUAUUUUCCUUUUGUUAUGACUUAUACAAAGUUCGAAUAUGCGAAAAUCGAAUCGAACGUUUACACCUUGAUUUGUUCGUAAAUAACGCGUAUAUCCGACAUAUAGAUUUACAUAAGAACCGAUUGAACGAAUUACCUUCCACCGUGUUCAGUAGAAACAAACGGCUGGCGAUACUGGAUUUAAGCAACAAUCUUCUGACCAAAAUUCCCUUCGAAGUGUUUGACGACAUUCAAAAUAUUGAAGGAUUGUUUUUAAUGGGAAACAGAAUAACGAAGAUAGAGGAGGGAAAGUUUGAAAUUCUGAAGAAUCUGAAAGUACUGUAUCUGGAUGACAAUCCUCUUGGAUCUCUUCCGGCUCCACGACCGUUUGGAAGACUGCCACAGUUAAUACACUUGGGACUCUCUAAUACCAGUUUCACACACUUUCCUCGAAUGGACUGGAGCGCGUAUAACAUCUCGCUGCUCAGACUGAAUGGCAAUCGCCUAUCGAUUCUUCGCACCGAAGACCUCCCUCCGGAUAAUCGAUCCAGAAUUUUAUUGAUGGACAAUAAUAUCACAACAGUCGCGGGAAAAAUCACCAGGAAUAUGAAUAACGUCUUUCUCUUUGGCAACCCCUUCCGUUGUGACUGCGCUUUGAGGAACUACAUCGAAGAACUUCAGUUUUCGAGAUUCGGUCGAUCGCUGCUCUGCGAUUCUCCUUCUGACUUGAGGAACAAGACUUUCCAGGAACUGAUUCCUUCCUACGUGGUGUGUCCCGUUGUAGAACGUUGCCCAGAAAAGUGUCGCUGUUACUUAUAUAAAGGUUUCUCGGUCAUGGUGAACUGUUCUUUCUCCAAUAUUUCCCACGCUCCAGCGAUACUUCCCGAAAACACCACAAUCGUUCACCUCGAACACAACUCUCUUUUCAAAAUAAAAAUUACAGACAGUUGGUCUGGAGUGGAUGAACUGUACUUGGAUCACAAUCAUUUGGAUUUUUAUGAAGAUUGGACAUUUCCUUCUUCCUUGAAAUUUCUCACUCUUCGAUAUAACAGUCUACAAGAUUUUCCUGCAAAAUUUUUGCAAUACGUAAGUGAUUCUUCUCAUAUUCGAGUAGACAUUAGAAACAAUGCAUUUUGGUGCAAUUGUUCUUUCAAACCCUUCAAACUGUGGUUGAAUCGCAACGUUUAUAAGAUAGUGGAAGCCGAAGAAGUGAAGUGCAGUAGAUUGUUGUCUGAGAACAACACCGUUAUCGUGUCUUCCAUAUUGAGUUUUCCGGACGAUGCGUUUUGUUUGCCUCCUUCGAUGGUAACGAACGUUCCUAUAAUCGUUUCCGGUUCCGUUGUCUGUCUGCUUGGAAUAUUAACAAUGGUGUUCGCUUUCUUCUUUCUGAAAUACAGAAACGUCAUCUUGGCUUACGUGUAUGUGCAUUUCCCUUCGCUGUACUGCUGCAAGAUUUCCGAACUGGACAAAGAUAAGGCGUUCGAUGCCUUUAUUUCUUAUUCCGGCAGCGACAGAGACAUCGUCAUGUGUUUGUUGAAGGAACUGGAAGAAAACGCCCCUUUCUUUAAGCUGUGCAUCCACGAGCGCGAUUGGAUGCCCGGUUGUGACGUAAUAUGUCAGAUAGAAGCUUCGAUUAGAAACAGCAAGAAGACGAUAUUGCUCCUGUCCGAGGAAUUCUUGAACAGCGUGUGGUGUCAAGCGGAGUUUCAAACGGCCUUGAUACAGUCUUUGGAGGAUAAGAUGGAAAGGAUAAUUUUCGUAUUGAAGGAUACUUCGGUGUGUGACGUAGUUCCCGCGGACAUGCGCCAGUUGCUACUCAGCAGGACUUACCUGGUGUGGAGCGAAAGAUGGUUUUGGGAGAAGUUGAGAUACGCCUUACCUCGUUACUCGACUGAUAAACCGUUACAUCAUCGAGUUCACGAUGUAAAUAGAAUGAUCACUGAAUUAAGAAGCGAAAGUGCGCAGCCAAACAUGAAAGCGGAGAAAUUCGUGACAUUCAUAUCGUUGCUAGUGUUAACCCAUUCGUGUGAAGAAUUCUGGAACAGUUGGCAAACUUAUCCCUGCCGAGAUACCACUCCACUUUCACAGGUGUUACUGUGUUUCCGAACGAAAGAUCACAGUUCAGACGUUAGGAUGGAUCACUCUAAUUUGCUGUACAAUUGCAAAGGAGGAGUUCCAGAUGCUCGAUUACUUCCCUGUUUAAACGUCACCGAGAUGGCAGUUCUAACUUUAGUCGAAUGCCAUUUGACAGAUUUCGAGAUGACGAAUUUCACGUUCGACGUACGAAUAUCGACCAUCGUAAUAUCUUACACCACAGAAAACUUAAUCUUCGGGAAAAUGGCGUUGAGAGGCGUUCCUAAUUUUCAGAAACUGAUCUUAAGUGGAUUGAGUACGAAAGGAUUGCUGCAGUUGAUCCUGGAAGAUUUGCCAGCUUUCACUCUGUGCCAAAUUACAAAUCACAAUUUCACGUCGUUCACGAGAAGACCUUUCCAGAGUCUUCCGAGUCUUCAGGCAUUGAGAAUAAUUUACGGAAUUUUGGAAGAUUUACCCGAAGAUCUAUUUUACGGGAUGGUCAACCUGCAACAAUUGUUGCUCCAAAGCAAUCGAAUCAAGAAAAUUCCGCCUUUGCUCUUCAGGAACCUUUGGCGUUUAGUAGAUCUGGAUAUUUCUGGUAACCAAAUCGGCGAGCUGACGGAAGAUCUCUUCUUCAAUUUAUCCUAUCUUCAAACGUUACACAUAGGAUCGAACAAAUUGAAAGUUCUUCCCGAAAAUCUGCUUCGUUACGUUCCUUCCUUGUAUUUUUUCGAUAUCAUGGGGAGUAGGGAAAUCACUUCCUUACCUAAAACACUCUUAAAAGGAAUGACUAACCUGGAGAAAUUUAAUGCUUUAGAUUGUUCUAUAGUAUACUUAGACGAAUCGUUCUUUUCAGACUCGCGACGACUCAAAGUAGUGAUUUUAACUAAAAAUCGCCUCAAACACAUUCCCUCGGGAUUAUUCAACAACACAAAGAAUCUUCGUAGUUUAAUGCUAGGAAUCAAUAAGUUAACUACACUUUUACCUGCAGUUUUUUAUCACCUUUCCAGAUUAGAAACGCUGCAAUUAUCAUUAAACAAUUUGCAGCAACUACCCAAAGAUAUUUUCAAACGAAUGAGUUCCUUAUCCGAACUGCAUUUAACCGAUAACAAUUUACAAUACAUACACCAGGACACUUUCCUUCCUCUUAUUAACCUGAAAGAAGUUCAUCUAUUCAAUAACAAUAUAACUAACUUGCCCGAAAGAAAUCCUUUCGGCACUAGCAGAUAUCUGAAUGUUCUAUUACUCGGCAAUUCGGGUCUAAAGGAAUUUCCUAACAUUGAUUGGUCGAAUCACAAUCUGACACUAGUCGAUUUAUCCCAUAAUCAAAUUCGGGAAGUUACCCUACCUGUGUUUACCAAGAACCACACCGAGAUACGGCUUAACGGCAACAACAUCUCUACCAUCUACAUCGACUACCAACAGCGUUCUAACAAUUCUCCCGUGUAUAAAGUCGCAGGAAACGUCGUCGAAUGCGACUGCCGAAUCAGACAGUUUCUACACUUUUUACACAUCGACCAAAGAGCCGUUACUAUUUUUCCGGAUUCUAACACCAUCGAAUGCAAUGGGGAUUCUGAAAAGAAACUAAUGGAAAUUUGGCCCAUUUACAGUGUUUGCCCGCGAAAAAAAGAAUGUCCUUCGUUUUGCGAUUGCUACCUGACACUAGAAGAACAAACUGUAGUCGAUUGUUCGCAUAGAAAUUUGUCUGAUCCACCCGCCAAUCUUCCCACGAAUACAACAUUUGUCUACCUGAACAACAACCACAUUGCCAAUCUGUCCGAAGUGGACGGGGUUACGUGGAAAAAUGUCACACAUCUCUAUCUUAGUAACAAUUUUCUGUUGUCACUUAAUGAUUGGAUUAUUCCAGAAUAUCUCAGCUCCUUGACUUUGGACGGAAACCGACUGACGAAUUUACCUUCUUCUUUGAUGACGCACGUCGAUAAUUUAUCAAAUUUCAGCAUCUUUCUUUCUAGAAACGAAUGGAAAUGCGAUUGUCAUUCCGUCCGUUUCAAGAAGUGGUUCACGCGGAAUUUGCAUAAGAUCCGCGAUUCCGAAAACGUGACCUGCGACAGAUUGAUUCAGUCCAACAAUUCCGUACAGAAAUCACUAAUUAGUCACGUUCCAGUGGAUCUGUUUUGUAUCAAAGAAAUGACGUUGGAAAAAUGGCACAUCGCAGUCAUAACCACCUGUCUUCUAUGCUCGAGUGUUCUGCUGGCAUUCGUGGCAAUAAGUUACUAUCGGUACAAAACUACCAUCCUGGCCUUUUUGUACAGUCGCAAGAUUUAUUGUCCUUGUUGGGAUGCGGUCGAAGAUGGCGAGGACAGAAAGUACGACGCUUUUAUAUGUUACAACUCGGCCGAUCGAGAUAUGAUGCUGGAAAUGAUGGAACAACUAGAACCCACCUAUAAUCUGUGCGUGCACGAAAGAGACUGGUUACCGGGACUACCCAUAAGUCAACACAUCGUUUACUCGGUACAGAACAGCAGGAAAACGGUCAUCCUCCUCUCUCGCAAUUUCCUAGAGAGCAUCUGGUUCAAAGUGGAAUUCCGGGCAGCGUACAACCAAAUGAUUCACGAUCAAGCGCACAGAUUGAUGUUGGUGGUAGUGGGAGAUCUCGGAGACGUCGAGUUGGAGAAGGACCUUCGUCAUCUGUUGACCACCAAAACUUAUUUGAAAUGGGGAGAGAAAUGGUUUUGGGAGAAACUGAAAUACGCAUUGCAUUAUCGAAAGAAAUAAUUAAACACUAUCCUUCUCGGUCCUUCUGUGACUCGCGAUGAAGUGAUAUUCCUAGACACUAGACUGUUGUGCAUUCCUUUUUAAAUUCAAUCGCGAAUAUACAGACAGCUGGUAUCCUAUAAUAUCACUUCAUGGCGAAUCGGGGAAAAAAAAUAUAAAAUAAAGAGACGGUUUCAACAAAAAGAAAAAAUUCUCAAGUUUUAUUUGAAAAAGUAGUCUGCGCGUUUAAUUAAGGAGCUUAAGAGGACGAAAGCCCACAGUAGAAAUCCCAGUGUUUCUAACGAUUUAUGAAACACAACAAUGUUUAAUACAGGCACAAAUAAGGCAUUAAUAAAAGACAAGUAUACGUUAUAUGGGACGAAUCCGAACGAGUUGAAGGAAAAAAAACAGAAAUUUUUCGGGGGUAGUCCCGUCCCCAGCCACCGAUCGCCUCGUUGUAGACCUGAUUAAAAGGUCUUUUUAGUGUCUACAGGAAGAACUAAAAUAUAUAUAUAUAGAUAAACUUUGUAUAUGUAUAUUUUAGUUCUUAUAUAUAUUUAUUUGUAUAUAUAUAUAUAUAUAACUUUGUAAAUUAGUUUUAGAAUGUAAAUUGAUAGUGACGUAAACAAUAUUCGUCAAAUCUGAUCGAUGAAAUUCUGCUGCGUCACAAUGUAUUAAUGAUGAUGCAAAGAAUUUCGUCACUCGAUAGAUACGUUUUUAAUCGACGUAAUUGCUUUUCUUGAUGCAAAAGUAAUUUGUUUCUUCUGUAUAGUAUAAAUGGCAAUUCAUGUUAAAUGAUAAUUUUGAUUUUUUUUCAACCUAAAAAGUUCUUUCUUUUCA